AAGGAGAAAUAGUUUGCGGCUACUGAGUCUUAGAUAGUAAAAGAAAAUCAUUCUUUAAAAACAUUUUGUGCUUGUCUGGGCAUGAACAAAAAUAUUUAUGUUUUGGUGGCUAUGCGUCCACCAGCUGAUUCACAUAAUAUGGAGCCGUGAGUUAAUCUGGCCAUUGUCUUUAGUAAAAACAAAACUUUUAAUUUUAAUAAUACAGUCGUCGUAAUCAUUGUUCUAGUUUCUAGUGCCUAUAUUGAUUCUAAUGUCCACUCAGAAUACUGACGUUUAACAUUAGAAUUGUGUUGACGUUUUAAUUGUUUUCUGUAAAUAAUAGUCAACCGAGAAAAAAAGUUAAAUUUUUCCUCAUAAAACUCGUCGUUAAACUUAUAUAAAAUGUGUCAUUAUAUAAUAUGUCCUUAAUUUAACAGCUUCACCAAAUACAAUAGUGUGGCAAUCACAAUAGCAAUCAAAUUUACUAAUAAUAUUUAAAAAAACAAGUUAUAAUGACGUAAAACAAAUACGAAUAUAUUGACUUUCAUUCACCAAUGGUGAAAAAGUCAACUCGAAGGUAUGCUAUAACUCAUGUCUUCGAAAUAGUGCCCUAACCCACAACAGAGUCUUAUCUAAGAAUAACAAUAUGACGGAAUCUCAGCGGCCGAAAGAAAGAAUUGAAAUGAUCACUCUACAUAAGAUACUAUUUGUUUUUUGCUUUUUGUCUUUAUCGCUAAACUAUUAUAUAUCGACAAAACCUAUGCUAGACAUUGAAAACCCAACUUUUUCUCUGAUUCAACCUAAUGAAACGAUCACUCCGAAAUUUAGUGAUAAUUACGACCAGUUGAUUGAUAUAAAGAAAUUCUCAUUCAAAAUCAAUCCUAAACCAUGUAAACGUUACCCAGAAGGUUUUCUACUUAUGAUAAUAGUUUCCUCCAACCCCUUGAAUUAUGAAAACAGGCUUGUCAUCAGAAAAACGUGGGGACAGACAGAUGAGGCCACGAACAUUGUAUUUUUGGUUGGAGAGACAGAUAAUGUUACUGUAUCACAGAAAAUACAGGAAGAAAGUGUGACAUAUGGUGAUAUAGUGCAAGGUAACUUUAAAGAUGCAUACCAUAACAUGACUUAUAAGCAUGUUAUGGGACUGAAAUGGAUUUCACAUCAUUGUAUGAACUCAAAAUAUAUUUUAAAGACUGAUGAUGAUAUAGUAGUGAAUGCUGAUGAGUUAAAGAGAUUUUUAGUGAGAAGAUUGUCUCCUUGGGGGGCUAAAGGUUUGAUAAUGUGUAAAGUUGCAAAACAUGCCUUAGCACAGAGGAGACAGAGUUCAAAAUGGAUGGUUACACUUGAGGAAUACCCUAUGCCGUUUUAUCCUGACUAUUGUCCAGGCUGGGCAAUUUUAUACUCCAGAGAUGUUGUACCUCGUUUACUGGAAGCAGCACAAAACACACCUUACUUCUGGAUAGAUGAUGUGCAUAUAACUGGAAUUUUAGCACAGAAGAUUGGGGUACCGAGAACAAGUAUAACUAAUUAUGUAUUGACUGAAAAAAAAGCUGAAUUGUUAGUGAAAUCAGGAAAGCAGAAUAUAGGUCGAUUCCUGUUUGGGCCACCCAAUUUAAAAGUUCAAAGAAUGUCUGCAUUAUGGCGCGCCAUAUCUCAAUCUUGUCAUAUUUAGAUCAUCAAUUUUUAUUCAGUUUCCGCAAGUCGUACACAAUUAAAACUACUUUAUCUCUCUUUCGUGCGCACUGUUUAAGGACGACAUCGGAAACAACAUAAAUAUUAUGUAAUAUAUAUAAAAGUAUGAAUGUGUGUAGGGGGUGAAUGGAUCUAACAUCUUUCCAACCCAAAAGUCAAUUUCACUUGCAUGCAUCAGUAGUUUUAGGGACCUCUGAUGACAGUUCUGGAGACUGUCGUAGAGUUCCUUGCCAGACAUCACACGAGGCUUUGGCGACCGAGCUAUAGCGGUAUAAGCAUACAUCCCUCCAGGGGAAACUGGUGGGAAGAGACCACAGCGUAAUAUAGCCAAAAUGUCAAGUGCAAAGGGAAAGAAACCACACCAUUAUAUUCCUAAGGAAAUCACAUGAUAUGAUAAGCCGUAAAACGUCAUAUCAAACCAUUAAAGUAUUUUUAAUUAUAUUUUAAUAUCCAAACCAUUAAA